UAACCCCCCAUCAGAACUUGCCCGCUCAACAAUCAACCCCGCCUUUUCGUUUCAAGCUUUUCUACUGCCGGGUUUCUUGGUUGCGGGCCUGUACCCCUGCUGCAUAGAUUUUGCCCGCCACAGGAAGCCUCAUUCGAAUUUACCGCCCGUUUCUUGGGUCACUCAUCUAGCUCCGAAAAUCUCCCUACUACAUCAUCUCUAUUUUGCGUUCUAAACAGCAGAGAAAUAAACGCCCCAUGCUCAACUUUCGAUCUGACUGUUGUCCCAAAUAGGUCCGGCUCGUGGGAGUUCACGCCAUGUCCAACGCCUUGACAACUUCCCCAAAGUCUGUGUCGGGUGCCUCGUCACCAGGGCCUAGGGCUCGUGGGGCAAGCGGAGGAGAUCGAGAUGGCCUACUACAUUUACGCCAGCCCAAUGGUAACCGUGCGGGCUCGAGCUUUGGGGGGGGCAGUGGCACUACCAUUGUGAAUUCUACGCUGAACGGCCCCGGGAGCUUUAGCGCAAGCUUACGAAGUACGAAUACCAUUGUGGCCAUGACACCGAACGCUUUUGUCGAGGAAAUGUCGAACCCCCCAAGCCCAAUGUCUUCCGAAAGGUUAGUGGAAGAGCUCACCGAUCAACUUAACAAAGCGAUCAAGUAUAAGGAAGGAGCCGAGAAUCUUUUACAGGUGUUAGAUACGAAGAAACCCAAGGAAGCAAAGCAAGCGAGAAAUCAAGCUGAGAAGGAGUACAAUGCAAGGAACCAAGAGAUAUCGCAGCUCAUGAACCGUAUCGAAGCCAUCACAAAGCCUAGGGAGGUCACAGGAGCAACAAGAGCAGCAAACAAGUUCAAAGGAGAGCCGAUAAGACCGACAGCUGCUAACAACGGACUUGCUAUCUCUGGUGCCCCAGAAUGGGACCCUGGAAGCGAAUCACCAACACUAUCACUUACUGAGUUAUUAAAAGAUUUGGAGGAGGUGGGUCGGAGGCCAGAGUACUACGUUGAGAAGGCUAAUAGUUUGGUGGCAUUGUUUAAACGGCAUCCUAACCUGAAGUAUGAGUUAGCUUGGAAUAAUUUUGGGAGCCGGGUACAAAAUAUGCUUCUCAAUGAAAACAAGGAAGUUGUGGCGGCUGGAUAUCGUAUUGCAAGAUAUGCAAUGACCGACCUGCAGUCUCUUAAGACCAUUAGAGCCUUAUACACUGACGAAAUUACCAUCAUUUCUUUGGUUAAGGAGUCCAGGGCCAACGUUGAACGUGAACAGGCGUUAAAGUUUGUACGUGCGUUUAUUGAGAUUCCUGGUGGCGUACAAGAGAUAUCACGAGGGGUCGUCAGGGCGAUUGUUGCGUGCGCGGAACAGGUUGAUGAUAGGUUACGAGGUGUCUCUAUGGAGACGUUAGCAGAGAUCUUGAUUCUCAAUCCGUCACUCGUUGUAUCGGCAGGAGGCGUCAGAGUUCUGACCCAGGUCCUGUCUGAAGGACCUUACGAAUUAUCUGAUACUAUUUCUUUGGCGUUCUUAUACUUAUUAGAUUUGCCAGCAACCAGAAAAUAUAUCCGACCUGGCAACGACUUGGAGAUUGUGUUCUCUGUUUUUACAGACUCAUACUCGGAAAAAUCUCCUGCGCCAGAGGAAAGACUGAGAUCAAGUGCAAAAGUCAUUAGUUGCAUGCUGAAAUCGUGGCCAGGUCUUUUGGUAUUGUCCAUGUAUGACCUCCGAACCCCAAAAUCUUUAGUCUCGGCCUUAUCUAUACCAUCUUCAAGUGUUCGGGAUAUUAUAUUGGAAUUAUUCUUCGAUAUAUUUCGGAUAAAACCUCCUUCCUGGUCGUCUAGCUUUCUUGCUGGACGUAGGCUUACAACUUAUGGGAGAGUAACAAACCUCAAGUCCGAAUCUGAUGCUCCGAAACCGCCAAGAGCAGAUGAUGCAUACCAAGGAAAUCUAGUAGAGCAUUUCACGACCUUGCUUCUGGCAGUAUUCUUUGAGGCUGACUUGUUGAGGUCUUUAAUGGCGCUGGUAGAAGAUAAUAGUGAUCCAGCUAUUGUACGGAAAACAACACUUUUGCUUGGAGAGAUUCUCAAGCUCGCAAGUCGUCUACUACCGAGCACUUACAGCGCCCGCUUACAGCUCCUCCCGGAGCUCUUCAUAUCAGCAGCAAACUUCCGUGUUCCAACGAGGUUUGCCGCAUCAGCUGCAGUAUACCAGAUAGAUAGCCUCAACCGGACAUUGCACCGAUCUCUAGCCGCUACACAAGCACCACAGCGUGUGUCUGUUGACGAUGAAAAGCGAGGGCAGAGACAAGUUGAGCAAGCAAAGUUGAAGAUAUAUAUGGCGAUCGAUGAUCGCCAUUUUUCUGGUCUGAUAGUGGAUAGUGGGGUUUUGAACGCAAAAAGCCAUACAAAGUGGAAUUGGGAUGCUCUCAAUGAGAUGAUUCAAGGCCCGUUACUUAAUCCCAAAAGACUUGAUGAAGCGAUAAAGGGGACAAAAUUUAUGAAGAGAUUGAUGUCCUUCUAUCGGCCUUUUAAGUACAAAUUUUCGGACGUUAAGAACACCAAGCCCAACCAGAAAUAUGUCAGGACAGGAUGUGCUUUAUUCCACACUCUCCUCCAAACUCCCGAGGGUGUUCGAUAUCUGAGUGAGAAUAAAAUACUUCGACAAAUUGCUGAAUGCCUGGCUCAACUGGACCGAAUGAGCGGAAUAACAUCGCCCGAGCCUCUAUUUUCUACCUCCAGAUUGAUCGGUACCCUCAGUUGUGGAUACUUUGCCAUGUUGGGCGUGCUAAGUAGUGAUCCGAAAGGCCUUGCAAUGAUGGAGCGUUGGCGCAUGUUCAACAUGCUGUAUCACAUUAGUGAUUCUCUUGAUAGGCCAGAUCUUCUGGAGCUAUUCGUGUCCAACAUGGAUUUCACUUUGGAAGGGCAUCCCCGCAUCAUUUUGUCCAAAGCAUUGACAAUGAACCUUAAGAAUGUUCGAUUAUUUGCUACCAGCCACCUCCGCAGUCUUAUCUCAACCGCGCAGUCUUCACAGACUCCUAUAGAUUCCAAGACAAACGAGACCGCCGAAUGGGCCAUACGACUUCUCAUUACUCAACUCUAUGAUCCCGACGUGGAAGUUUGUGAAACAGCGGUGAAAAUCCUCGAGGAAGCAUGCAAUAUUACACACAGUCUAGAGUAUGUGGUGAAGUGUCGACCUGCGCUGGACCAUCUUGGCGAGAUUGGCGCCCCGCUGCUGUUACGAUUCCUGUCGACGUCUGUUGGGUACCAUUACCUUAAUGAGCUUGAUUAUAUUAAUCGGGAAAUGGACGAUUGGUUUCACGGCAGGAAUGAUUCAUAUGUUCUAACAGUUGAGGCAUCCCUGGCUAGGGCGUUUGCUGAUGAGGAGCCGCUGAAGAAACGGUCUGGCGAUAUCAACACGAUUGACCGAGACAUGAUGGGGAUAGUGCCACCACAUUUCUAUCGUGAGUUGGCAAGGACAAGCGAAGGAUGCAUCUUGCUAAGAGAAAAGGGCCACUUUAACGAUUUUGCAUGGUAUAUCCGAGAGCAUGGUCAAGAGGAGGAGGAUGCAGAGAUCGUUACCAAAGUCAAGGGAUGCCUUUGGGCGGUUGGAAAUAUUGGUUCAAUGCCUUUCGGGGCGCCAUUCUUGGAAGAAGCCGACAUAGUGGAGUCUAUUGUCAAGAUCGCGGAGGAAUCCCAGGUAUUGACGCUUAAGGGUACAGCGUUUUUUGUUCUUGGCUUGAUAUCCAGGACUAUGCAGGGUCUAGAGAUCCUUCUUGAGUACGGAUGGGAUGGCACAACGUCCACCAUGGGAGAAUCGCUAGGGUUCUGUAUCCCUUUGAAGCUUGGACGUCUUCUUUCCGUAAGUUCCGUAGCACCCUGGUACCAUACAGGAGACGAAACGAACCAGAUAAAUAGACCAUCACCACUUUCCUCGGUGAUCGGAGAUGACCCGGUGGAUGCAAAGAUAUUGACGGCAAUCGCGAACCUAAACAACCAUAUCCUCGAGAGCGGUUCCACCAAGGAAUUGAAUCGGCUCAAAGCUAGUCACGUGAUGCAAUUCCAAUCCCCAGAUCUCUUCCGACGAGUGAUGACGCUUAUUGAGUCGUUCCGAUAUCGGCAGCACGUUCGGCGGUAUAUACUUGACCUCUUUGAGAAGUCAGUGGUGGAGAGGGUUUUUGCAGAGGGCCGAGCUGACCCGGAGGUUGAAUCUCCUGAUACUCCAGAGGGAUUCAGAUAAUGAGGCUGCCAGUGGCCGGAGCGGGGGAGGGGGAAGCGGAAUCGGAGUUCGGAAGAUAUCAUAUGCGGCAGCGAGGUGGGAAAGAAAUUUCUAUAUAUUUCUUCUCUUUUCCUUUUUCUUCGUGAUAAUUUGCAUUGUCUUGCCUUUUGCUGACCUCUGUCUCUCUCUCUCUCUCUCUCUGACUGCCCAAUUGGGUGCGUUCCAUUCCGGUCUCAAUUCCAUCCCGUUUCUCCUCUUCUGGAUGGUCACUUUUUUCUUUCUCUUCCCAUUUUUUCCAUUUCCUCUUGAUGACAUCUGAUCUGUCCAUGUACAUUAAAUUACGAGCCCGUUCAUCUUUUUCUUGUAUUUUUAUAUAAAAAAAGGCCACACCGGUACUGUAGGUUAUUUCUGUGUUGCUUGUGGCUGCUUGCUAGGUUGGGUUAAGAAGCAUGGUGGGGCGCUGGACCGGGUUGGGCUGAGGCUAUUAACUUUAGUCUACCUUGUUUUGUUUCGUUCUUUUAUUCAUUCCCUUGUUUGUAUCGGCGUAAAAUACAUAUCAUAUCAUAUCAUCUCGCACCGUAUCCUCGAUAUGUGGGGUGGGCGUUUUUGCACGAGUAUGCAUGUAUGCAGGCAGGUAUGCACGAACAGAAAAAGUGCGCUUCGACAGCGGUACGUUAUCAUAUCGUCGGGUGCGUGGGUUAUCCUACCGCACCGUAAGUCUCCGAUGGAUGCAUGCAAUGGAAGAGAGAUGAAGAUAAAGAAAAAAGCGUGCCGAGAAGAGAAGAGCGAUAGAGACGAUAUGAUAUACGGCAGGGCAGUACCACAGUAAUUGGGAUACAUAUUAUACAUGAUACAGAGUAACUCCUCUUGAUUGCUGGAAAAAAAAGAAAGGAAAAAA